UCGUAAAUUAUUCCGGUCACGGCGGAUAAGUGCGCAGUACGUCUUCCUCCCUCGCGGCCGUUUCUCUAACCGGUCUUCGCUUCUAAAGCUCAACGUUAUAAAGUCUUUCCUGCCCGCUCCUAUUAACAGGGCUUUUUAACGUCUGCCCGACCGUCCGAGCCCGGGAAUAUUAAGCGGUAUCCGCUAUGGCCAAAGUAAAGGGUGCCGGAUAAAAGCCCGCCUUAACGAAAUGUGGAAGCCGGCCGGAAUUUUCCUGCUGCUGCUGCUGGUCCGGGUGUCCCAGACGGGUCUGUCGGCCCGCCUGGCUCGGCAAGUCCCACCCUCGGACGAGAAGAACGAAAUCCCCGGACCCCGGACCGACCGAACCGACCCGCCGGAAGAAUUUCCCGACGACGACGACGGAGAGGACGAACUGUCCUUCCGCUUCUUCGUCGACCCCUUCCGCCAUUUCGACGCCGUGUUCCAACAGUUCGAAGACGCCAUGAAGAGGAUCUACUCUCUGUUCAACCAAACCGCCUCCCUGCCCGACGACUUUCGCAACACUUCCAGCGAAAUAAUAGAAGUCAACGGAAGGAAGUACAACGUCAGCAGAAGCGUGUUGGAGAAGACCGACAACCGCAGCCAGAUUUUGGUCCAUUCCGUCUCCGUCUUCCCUUCCGACCGCAAAAAGAGAAACGUCUAACCUUUAACCCGCCACGCCCGGACUUUUCGCAGUGAAAAUACAGAAGUAAUCCGGAAUGCGGGCGGACCUUUCUCCCAGCCGAGAGGGUGGACCGGCUUCUCGUUUUGUAGCCGUUUUCUUUUUGCCAUUAAACUUGUUUUUCCAAUCGCC